AUGUCAUCUUCGCGCUCACGUCGAACUGGACACAAGUCUGGAAGCUCGAGUGGAUCCGGCUCACAGUCAGCGCGCCAGAUCAUCGAGUCUCUCCUUACCCACCGCAUCAACACCUUGACUGAGCUCUGUCGUGUGGAACGCUUGGUAGCGAAUGCCGAGACAGAGGAGGAUCAACUAGCUUUCCAGGAACCCAUGACCUCGGCUUGGAUCUACUACGUCGAAUCAAAUCAGAUGCUUUCCGAGCUCCGGGGGCUCACCCCCAACUACGCCUUUUCCGGGGAAAUGUUGACGUACGCCCAGGGCCUGGUCCGAAACGACCCGCAAUCCAACAGGAGCUGGAACUUCGCCUGGAUGGUACUAGAAAAGAUCACAGAGGAGAAUCUGGUGGCCACCUAUGCUGAAAUCGAAGCAGCCAGGCCUGAAAUGUGGGGCGGUGUCGUGCCAGACGAUCAACAGAUACAGGAGCUGGCAGCCUACUUUUCUCAAGAGUGGACUUAUGCCAUCAACUGGAUGUUGCAGCACUGGACCGCUGCCCCAGUGUGGUACUGA